AAAGCGAAGGAUCGAAACACGUAAAUGUAUUGUUUUUCAUGAAUCAUGGCCAGUUAUUCAUUGCGUCUCCCAUGAAUUUCAUGAAUCGUGGCCAGUUUUACAACUAAGAAAGUUGAAGAGUUGUUGAAGCUAAUGUUGUACAGUUCCUAACUCCCAGUUCCCACAGAGGUGAAGUGACCAUUCAAUGCACCUACGCCACACCUUUUCCAAAGACCCUAACCCUGAAACUAACUCGCACCCAUAAAUGCGCACUGCAGCUUGGCUUCCUUCCUCUGAUCUCUGUCUGUCCUUCCUUUUCAAUCUGAGCUAAUAUAAGAACAGUCCUCCAUUUCUCACUUUCUUCGUGCACUGUUCCAGAGAAUCUUCGUACUUGGGAUUGUUCCUUCUUUGCCUUUAGCAGUUUUUUAUGUUUCGGGUUGAUCAGGGGAGAUGAGUAUUUUCUCGUUAGUGACAGGACGGCGAGGCCCAAGUGGGUUUGGAUCAGCCGCCACUGCAGAGCAGGUCACUGAAGGCAUUGAUGCAAGCAACGUCACAGCUAUCGUCACAGUUGAUCUUGUCCAUUUGGCAUAAUCUGCAAGGAGGAGGGAGUGGCAUCGGAUUCGAGACGGCGAGGGUCCUAGCCUUGCGCGGAGCGCAUGUCAUAAUCGCCGCGAGAGACACGGAUGCCGCGAACGCAGCGAAACGGCUGAUUCUGAACAAUGAUGGAGACGCUCGCGUGGAUGUCCUCAAAUUGGACCUCUGCUCCAUGAAGUCCAUCAGAUCAUUUGUCGACAAUUUCAUUGCUCUUGAUCUUCCCCUCAACAUCUUGAUCAACAAUGCCGGGAUUAUGUUCUGCCCUUUUCAGCUCUCGGAAGACGGGUUCGAAGUGCAGUUCGCCACAAAUCAUCUCGGACAUUUUCUGCUGACAAACCUCCUCCUGGACAAGAUGAAAGCGACCGCAAGAGUUUCCGGCAUCGAGGGACGCAUCGUGAAUCUGUCUUCCAUAGCUCAUCUGCACACUUACCAGGAAGGAAUUAGAUUCGAUGACAUCAAUGAUGAGCUCAGUUAUUCUGACAAGAAGGCAUAUGGUCAGUCCAAAUUAGCAAACAUACUUCAUGCCAACGAGCUCUCUCGCCGCUUGCAGCAGGAGGGUGCAAAUAUUACAGUCAACUCGUUGCAUCCGGGGCUGAUCAUGACGAAUCUCAUGAGACAUUCUUUCAUCGCCGCGAGAAUCUUUAGGAUGUUCACGUAUCUGCUAUGGAAGAACGUACCACAGGGAGCGGCCACGACUUGCUACAUCGCGCUCCAUCCGAGCCUCAAGGGCGUGACGGGGAAAUACUUCAUGGAAUGCAACGAGACGGAGCCGAGCGCGCUCGCCCGGGACGAGCAUCUGGCCAAGAAGCUGUGGGAUUUCAGCAACGAGCUGGUAGAUUCGGCCUCCAAGGGCUGACAUAAAAACCAGGAUCUACUUCGCAAACCAAAGCUUUAGGACUCCGCAAAUAUAUAAUGAAAUACAUAGAUUUGCAAAGAUUGGUGUUUGCCCCUUUGCUUUUGUACAUGGUGAUGUUGGCCUUCCACCACCAUCUCCUACAGCAACUGUAUCUGCAUGACUGUCUCAGUGAAUUCAAAUGGUUUCUCCUUCCACCCUUUUUAUUCAUUAUGCAGUUCGUACAGUA